AUGGACAUGGCAUCUCCGUAUCAGGGUCACGUGGAUGACUUCGAGAUCGACAUUGAUAUUAUGGAGGACCAGCCUACGAUGGCCGACAACGACUUUGAUGUUCGGGAUGCAUCUCCCGCAGGAGAUUUACCCCACGAUGCUGAUAUGAUGGAGGACGUGCCUGAGGUGACGGUGACUGAGGAAUCUCAUUACAACGACGACAGCAAUAUGCAAUAUGCCGCCACCUUCUAUCCUAAUCAGGAACCAUAUGAGUCCGAGAUGGUCGAUGAGGAAUAUGUCAAUAACAAUUCAGUUGCUCCAUCCGAACAAGAUCACUUGACCAUUGUUUUUGAAGAACGCCCCGUUGUUGAGGAGAUAACUGAAUCUGUGCAGAUUCCACCAACACACGAAGAAGAAAGACCAGAUCAACAAUAUAACAAUGCCGAAAAAGAUAAAGAAGAGGGACCGACUGUAACCCAGGAAAACUUUGAGCAGCAAAAAACCGAACAAGAAUCAAUUGCGUUAGAGGAGGAUGCAUCGAAUCAUGUUACGGAACGGCAGGUCGAAGAUGUGACAGAGCCUGCCCCCGAGCAUCCCAUUGAUAAUGUCGAUCUUGCCGAACAAACUACCAACCCUGAAUCUAAUGCAAACAGCAUUGAAGAACCAAGCGAAUUACUUUCCGCAGAAGAGGCGCACGACACCGAGAAUGGCGUAUCAACUGAUUUGUCUAACACAGUCGAUCCGCAUGAGGAAGUCGAAAAUGAGCGCGAUACCGUCGUCAAGCCACGUGUGCCUUACAUACACCCAGUAAAAGUAAUUUAUCAAGAAAGCGAAAUUUCCAUGUUCCCACCUCGCGACGGAGACACAUCGGAAACUUAUUUUCUUGCCAACGAAGGUUUGGCACAUGAGAGUAUUCACAGUCUUUUGAAAGAAUGCCGCACGAUCCUUGGCGAUCAUGCCUCCCCUGAAGACUCGUUGGUUUUCAAUGUUGACUCGCUAGGCAUCGAAUUAAGCGAGGAUAAUAUUCAUGCGGACAAGAUCACUUUAUCCAAAAUUGUCGAUAUAUAUCUUCACCUAUGCCGUAACAGCGGUGUCGAACAGCCUGAGCCGUUAUACCUAACGCUCAAUACGAGAACCAAUCUGUCGGCAGAGGUAGCUGCUUUGCUGAAUGCGGCACACGAAGGCAAAGGUAUCUCGGACAUACAAACCUGGGAAGAGGAAUAUGAACAUCAGGAAGACGAAGAUACAGAAGUUCCGAACGAUGCUUCCUUGGCCGAGGGGGACGAACAUGAACAAACCGAGCUGGAGCCAAAGGAACUGCCAACUGAAGGGCAAGUCAGGGAAGGGGCUGAUGAUCAUCAAUAUGAAGACGAGCUUAGUGAUGAGGAAGAGGCUAGCGCAGAACAUGGUGAAGUAGAGGUUCAUGAAAAUGAGGUGGCAAACCAAAAGAACGUCGCGCCGACCGAACUAGAACAACACCUUGAAAAUGACAAGGCCCACUCUGCAAAUGAUGAACUCGGUGAAUCUGCAAGCACUAAUGCAGUUUCAGAAGCGCAGUAUGAUUUUGAUGAAACUAACUCUACUGGUACAUUAACUCAAAACCCGGAAGCUCACCCCGAAGAUCAGCCUCAGGAGGGAUUAUCUACAAAUAUCACACAAGAUCAAGCUGAAGCAGUCGACGAAGGCGUCACAGGCGGUGAAGAUGAGAAUUAUCUAGCAAAUGAGCAAGCUUUUGAGAGUUAUCCUCACAAUGGGCCAGAGAUUCACGAAGAAUAUGCCACAGAUGAAUACGUGACCGAAGAUAAGGACAUUAAAGCAGCGCUAACAGGUACAUCAGAAGCCGCCACUGCUGAUGAUGUCGAUUACCUUGAGACACAUCCUCAUGAAGACAAGAAGGAACCCGUCGAUCAAGAAGCUUUAGUAAAUGAUGAUGAUGAUGAUGCAGAAGGCGAACAAAAUGAAGAUGAACAAGAAGCAUACGAAGACAACCCCGAUGAGCAGAAUCAUGAUGAAGCCUUUGAUGUCGGAGAUGAUACCGGUGAACAGUUCACAGCGGGGAACGCAGAAAUCGAGGAACCUUCAGUGCCGGAACAUGGACAGACGGAUGAAUCCUAUGUGGCUGAUCCACUAGACCAGGCAUCCAGUGACACAGUAUCUGCCUCGAAUGAGCCAGUAGAUAAGAAUGAUCACCAGUUAGAAGAAUUGCAGACCGCUACGAAUGCAGGAGUGCCCGAGGUUUCGCAUGAAGAUUUCGAGCACAUCCCAGACCUUCCGGAGUUAUCGGAUGAUGAUGACCUUAUCAGCUUGGGAGAAGAUUUCUUUGGUAAUUCCGAGGAAGUUGAGGGCGAUAAGGGUCUGGAUGCGCUUCCCACCGGAGAGAACAAGGAUUCUUCGAUUAAUUUAGUGGCCGCCAGUGCCUACGACUUGAAGCGUCAAGAUAGCAUUUCUGGAAAACGACCUCGUGAUGUCGAAGAGGAGGAUUUUGGUUUGGAUGGAACUCCUAGCCCCGAUACCAAGCGGACUCGCUCUUCCUGA